AUGGGCAAUCAAUAAUAAAAAUAAGAAUAAAAACAGUAUUAUGAUAACUUGAGUGAGUUCUUAAGUUCUUCGAUGUUGUCUCAUGUUGAUGUUCAUAUUUAUCUAGGAGGUUAAAUGUUAGUCAGAUUUGAUUGGCAAAAAAUGAAUACCAAUUUUGAUUCUCUAAUAUCUGCUUUGGUAGAGUGUAAAAAUCUGAAAAGCCUAAUACUUAACCUAAGGUGUACUGAUAUCAAAGAGCAUAAAAUUUAAAAAAUUGGAUAAUCUUUAAUGAAUUGUACGAAUCUCUAAAACUUAGAAAUUAGCCUUGAUUCAAACUAAAAUCUAAGUAAAAAUAUAUCAGAUUUCGCUUUUUGCUUGGAAAAUUGCUUAAGUCUUACAAAUUUAACUUUAAACUUAAUGAGUAACUGCAUAGGAGAUUAAGGUACUUAGGAUCUUGGAUCAGCUUUUGGAAAAUUAAUCAAUUUGAGGGAUUUAAGAGUUAAUUUAUAUGAAAAUGAAGUUGAAGAGAAGGGUUCUGCUGGUUUAACCGUUGCUCUAAAGAAUUGCCAUUUUCUAUCAAAUUUAGCUAUUUUUCUUGCAAAUAAUAAAAUCGGAGCAACAGGUGCAUUACUUUUAGUCCUUCCCUUAAAAAAUUGUCCUAGGCUUUCUAAUCUACAUCUUGAUGUUAGCAAUAAUCGAUUGGGCAUAAAAGGGAUAAGUGAUUUAGGCUUAGAGUUAAUAAAUUGCAAACAAAUUACAACUUUGAAUUUAAGUCUUUAAGGAAAUUAAAUAGGUCCUGAUGGUUCAUAACUUUUAGGCUCUGCCUUAGCAUAAUGUAAUAGAAUCACUAAAAUUACAAUCGACUUAGGGUGGAAUUAAAUUGGUGCUUAGGGUGCAGUUGCUUUAGUUUCUAACUUGGCAAAUAAUUCUAACCUUUAAUUCUUAAAUCUCUAAUUUAUAUGGAGUGAAAUUGACAAUUAUGGAGUUGUUAACUUAGGUUCUGCUCUAGAAAGCUUUGAUAAUCUCACAUCUUUGUAUCUUAACUUAAAUGAUAAUUAAAUUUUAGAGCAAGGUGCCUUACUCUUUGGUUAGCAUUUAACAAAAUGCAAAAAUCUAAACAUGUUGAUACUAUAUAUAGGUCACUUUGAAAAUAAUUGGAUACACAAGUUGCGAACUAUGCUUUUAAGAACAAAAAAAUUGGUCUAAAUGGCUGCAUAUUGA